UCACUCCUUUUGACACUACCACAACUUUGUCAUUGACUAUAACCUUUUCUUUUUGUGUUCUUUUGAACAGGACUAUUAAAAGAGAAGAAGAGAAGUCCUUAGAGAAUUCUCUUGUUGAAGCAAUAGCAGACAGCUCAUUGGAUAGCCCUGUUGUAUCAAAAUCUGGUGAGGACUUCUCCACCCACACUCUAAUUUUUAAUGUUAACAUGGGUUACAUUACUUAUGUAUGAUGCCUUUAAGACAGUGGCAGUGCUUGCUGACACAGCAAUAGGGAGGUUAAGAUACCACAAUGAUGGUGAUGGUGAAAACGUCACUGAAGAUUGAAAAAAGUGUAUGUGAACUCACCAGAAGUAAUAUCCAAGUUGAAAAAGAGAAAGAGAAUUUUGUCAUCCUUUGUUUAUGUUCUCAAUAGAACAUGAAAUUAAGCAAUUUCACAUUAUAGUCGUGCAGUGAUGGCAAAGAAAUGUACCAAUAAAGUGUGCACAUGCAAAGUUGUUUUUUUCCUAAUCAAAACAUAUUUCUUUUUGACAUUUUUGUUGUUGUCGCUGUCAAGACACCUUAAACUCUCUGAUAACAGGAACUAUAUCAUGCAGAUGUUACCUUAAGUACUACCACUAUAGAAUAAACAGUGUUGCAAAUUCCACCACCCCCCCCCCCCCUCCACCAAUCCCCUCCCCCUUCCCUUUUCUAGGGGUGUUGUUUUUUUUUGGGUCAUGGAAAUGGAAAGACUGCUUGCCCUUUUUUCAUUAAUUUUUUUUUCCCAUACGGGUCCUCAUCGGUUGGGCAGACUGUUGGUGGAUUAUCAAUUAAGUUUGGUUUUUUUUUUUUUUAAUUUCCUGAGUUUCCACACAAAUCUUAUUUUGCAUGUUAAAAAAAAAAAUAUUUNAACAUGCUUUGCACAUGAACACCUAUAUCAUCUGUGUGCUGUCUUAUAAAGAUGUGAUGUUUGCUUCUUUCAGAACUUCCUACUGUUCCAAAGCUCACUGAAAGCCACCCUGUAAAUCAAGUUCACAUCGACACCCAAACUGUUUCUCACAAAUUUCCAAUACAUUCUGCUGCUCAUCCGUCUUCCAAAAGAAUACCAAGAAAAGCAGCACAUAAGCAAAAAGACUUCCCAACUGAAUCUGAUGUUGACCCUGUGUUUUCCCUGGAUGAUUUUACUGAUGACUGUGAACCUUUCUUUGAGUCAGAAGAAGAUGAUCUUAGUGGUGAGACAAGUAAAUUCAUUCUUUGUGAUGUAAAUAGUGAAAUAGGACAUGAUGGUAAUUUUUGUCAUGGGAAAAGACAUGUUUUUUUGUCUGGUAAUCUCUUUUUGUGCUCAGUCAAGUUGAGUGAUCCACGUCAUGUAUGACGUGGCUAUAAUACUUCACUCUGUUGCCACUUUUUACCAAGACUAAACAACAAUCAUUGAGGUCCUUGAAAUUUUCAAAUUAAUAAUAAUCUUCCUUAAAAAAUGCUUGAAUGUUGGGUCAGAAAAGUUGUAUGAACCCUAAUCUUGGCAACUUUUAUAAAAGAUUGAGAGCUGGAGUGGGUUGUUCAAAGCUACAGCUUAAGAUAACCCUGGGUUAGUGCUAAUCUGCCUUUGAACAUCUGGGACCAGAUGUACAAUGUAAUAGUAACUAUUUUAAGGGACUUUUCUUAUAUUACUUGUCUGUUGCAGAUAACAGUUUUCAAGCCGAGGAACCAGCCUAUAAUCAAAGGUUUAAGGCAUUCAGGAAAUCUUCACAGUACUCUUCUUCUGUCCCUAUAACCAUGCCAACUGGGAAAAAUUCACCGCCAGAGGACAAUGAUGUAUGUUACUAUACUUUUUUUUGUUCAAAUGGUCAAUUGAAAGUUACUGCAGACUCACUAAGAGUUUGAAGCACUGGGACCCAGUUGUUCAAAAGUUUGAUGGAACUAUCCACUGGUUAAAUGGCUAUCCUGUGGAUAAAUGUUAGCAAAAACCAGUUGCAUCAUCAUGGAUAGCACCAUCCACCUUCUGAACAGUUGAGGCCAUAUUACAACUUUCAAUUUUGGGAAAAACAUCCAUGUUAUUGUCAGUACUAUAUAGAGGUAGUCUUACCUUUAAGCCUUGAUAGCUUUAAGCCUCUUUCAUGUUGUGUACAUUAGGUCAUGUACUUGUAACAACAUUAAGUAUUCAUUGUAUUAAGCAAGGCUGUUACUAAGAUGCCAAUUUGUGAAGUAUAUGCAGUUAGUAGCCAGGGUAUUAACCCCCUGCCCAGGAAAAUAUGCCUCUGGCGCAUAUAUUUUGCCUUACCAGCCAUGACCUGUCCCUUACCUGCUGAGCUAAAAUUUAGGGAGAACAUUGAGUGCUACUUGAAAAUCAAAUAAAAAUGUUCAUAUCAGUUGAAAUAUUCCGAAUUCUGGCCUGUUCUUGCUUAGUCCAUUAGCGGUCAGAAGCAAAACUGUUAACCAUCUUCAUUAUUCAAUGCGGACUGGUAUUUUAUUUUCUCUCCAGCUUGAAAUCCCUGAACCAAGCAAGAUUCGAGAAUCUAUGAAGGCAUUAGCUCGCAGUGUCCAUGAUGAAACAAUGUUUGGUGAACUUCCAAGACCCAGACGGAGUACUUACUCUUUCAGAUAGUGAAGUGUGAACUGCUGUUGUUUGCUAUAAUUAUUACUUUUGAUAUAAAUUUUAAAGGAAGUUAAAAUGUUUUCUAGGUAGAGAGUGACAUUUGAGCUGACCUUUUCUGUGUGAGGUUUGACGAGCUCAUUUUUUGACAGAGCUAAAAAAUUUAUGAUAUUAUAUUAUAGAGCAUUUUGUCAGGUUUAUGGAUUAGUGGGAAUUCGUAAAUCUUAACUAUAAGGCCAAAUGUUUAUCACUUUGACAUUGGUGGGCUGGUGACUUGUGUAUUGGGUACAGUAUGAUGGUGUAUCAGUUCCCUUACGUCUCCUACACUUAGAGCUUUUACCACUUCAAGUGAUACAAAAGGGCUCAAAAUCACUGUUGUUUAAAUCUGUUUGGGCUGUGAAUUGAUGUAUACUAAUUUGCAAGCUUGAGUUGAAUAUUUAUGGCCGAAAUAGAUGUUGAAGAACAUGCGGUGAUGUUUGCCUGCUGGACUGACCCUCGGAGGGCUUCGUUCUGCAGUCCUCCUUUGCCACAAGGUCUGCAGUGGGAUGAUAAGGGAUCUUGAACAUCAUUUUGAGGAGUAAGUUAAGAGAAUUUGAUAAAAGAUCAACGCACUUUCCGUUUGGUGAUCAUAUUAUAAAUUUUCAUAACUGUUCCUCUUGAUGAUGUAUCGAUACUGUUUCGAGAAAAUUAUGUUGUUCACUCAAUAAUGCACAGGAACCCACAAAUAGAGCCUGGUAGACCUGUGGCUGUUUCCAGAGUAAACUAUCCUUUCUACGCAUAUGGAAUUCUUCCAAACAAGUGUAUAUUGAUUUCU